AUGCUACUCCUCCCUAUUCAAACUUGGGAUCGGAAAUUGACCACUGUUUGGUUCGCGUUGAUGCACGAGGAGACUUUCUUCACCAUGCUGCCCCCAUUCCUUUUGAUGUUUUUACAACUGGUCAGAAGUAUACAGCCGGCAAUUUCUGUCAGUCCCUCCACCGAAUCUGAGAAAAUGCUUCUGAAAAUUCGGGAAAUGUUCGAUUUUGGGUAUAGCAAUUAUAUGAAAUAUGCGUAUCCCGAAGAUGAGCUUGAUCCAAUUCACUGCCGUGGUAGAGGACCCGACCUCACUGAUCGAAACAACAUCAACAUCAAUGACGCGCUGGGUGAUUAUCAGCUCACACUAGUAGAUUCUCUCGAUUCUCUUGCUGGAACGCCUACCGGUAUUCCUUUUCCUAGGAUACAUCUGGGCUGGCGAUCAGUUGAGACGCUGGGCAGGGAGGAUUCCUGCCUAGCUGGUGCCGGCACUCUCCUUUUAGAAAUGGGGACCCUUAGUUUGCUUUUGCAGGACCCACAGUAUGCCACUCUGGCGCGCAACGUCGUCCUUAGACUGUGGAACUAUCGCUCACCCGAUACGGGUCUCCUCGGCACCGAUAUCAACAUAUACACGGGUGAGUGGAUAAAUUCAAUGUCAGGCGUAGGUGCUGGUCAAGACUCUUUCUAUGAAUAUCUUCUAAAGAGUGGGAUUCUUUUUGAUGACUCCGAACUGAUCCAAAUGUUUGAAGAAUCUCUAAGAAAUUUGCGCCGUAGGUUGUGUGGAGCUUCUUCUGUGCAUCACUGUGCGUGUCCUGAAGGCCAUCCUCCGGUCUAUUGGAAUACCGACAUGUUUACAGGAGAAGUGGUUAAUACCUGGGUCGAUACGCUGCAAUCCGUCUGGCCUGGAAUACUCAUGUCCAAAAAUAUGAGGCUGGUCUGA